AUGUUUUUCUUGAAGGACCUAUCUUUGAAUCUCACAUUGCAUCCAUCUUAUUUUGGUCCUCAAAUGGAUCAAUAUUUGAGAGACAAGUUAUUGAGCGAUGUUGAAGGAACAUGCACAGGUCAAUUUGGCUACAUUGUAUGUGUACUUGAUUGCAUGAAUAUUGAUGUUGGAAAAGGAAAAAUUAUACCAGGAUCAGGAAUGGCAGAGUUUGAAGUCAAAUAUAGGGCAGUUGUGUGGAAGCCUUUCAAAGGUGAAGUGGUCGAUGCGGUGGUGACAACAGUAAAUAAAAUGGGAUUUUUCGCUGAUGUCGGUCCCUUAUCUGUCUUUGUGAGUACUCAUUUGAUACCUUCAGAUAUGAGAUUCAAUCCAUCUUCGAAUCCUCCUGCCUAUGUCAGUCCCGACGAAAAUAUCGAAAAAGGUUCUAGAGUGAGACUAAAGAUUGUAGGUACAAGAACUGAUGUAAAUGAGAUAUAUGCUAUUGGUAGUAUAAAGGAAGAUUACUUGGGCCCGAGUCCUUUAUAG